AUGCUCUAUCACCCUUUAUCCAUAUUAGCAGCAAUCCCCCUCGCUCUCGCUAUCCCUCACCACAGAUCAUACUUCUAUGCCGGCGGAAACUACACCCUCACCAGCUCAGGAGAGCACAUCUACACCAACCAGAUCUACGUCGAACGUCUAACACCCCUAAACGGACCAACCCAACCCCAUCCCAUCGUCUUGAUCCACGGCGUCGACCAAACCGCCACUAACUGGCUCAACAAGCCCGACGGCAAAGACGGCUGGGCCUCCUACUUCCUGUCCCAAGGCUACGAAUGCUACCUGCUCGACCAAGCCGCGCGCGGCCGCAGUCCCUGGGACAACACCACCAACGGCGACCUUAGAAAAUACACCGCCGAACACAUCCAAGAGUUGUUCACCGCACCAGAGCGGUACGUCCAAUGGCCGCAGUCGGUGCUGCACACGCAGUGGCCCGGGACGGGGAUGAUGGGCGAUCCGGUGUUUGACGCGUACUACGCCUCGACGGUGCCCUCGCUGGCGUCCAAUGCAGAGCAGGAGACGAUGAUGCGGGUUGCUGGCGCGGCGCUUUUGUCGAGGAUCGGCCAGCCGGUUAUUCUGGUAGCGCACUCGCAGGGCGGAAGCAUGGCCUGGGUCAUCGCGGAUGAGCGCCCGGAUCUGGUGCGCGGUGUUGUGGCCAUCGAGCCGAGUGGGCCGCCAUUCUGGAAUGCAAAGGUUUUUGGCGCUGGGCCGGCGCGGCCGUAUGGAUUGACCGAGACGGCGUUGACGUAUGAGCCACCUGUAUCGGAUCCGGAGAGGGAUUUUGUGAAGCAGAAGAUUGUGUCCGGAUCGGAGGUGCACGAUGAUUGUGUGUUACAGGCAGAGGACCCGAGUCCGAGACAGUUGGUUUUCUUAGGGCAGCUCCCAGUCCUGCUUGUCACGGCGGAAGCAUCGUACCAUGCUACUCAUGACUGGUGCACUGUAAGGUUUUUGAAACAGGCUGGGGUAGAUGUCCAACAUAUGCAGUUGGGAGAGAGGGGGAUCCACGGGAAUGGACACAUGGUGAUGGUGGAGAAGAACAGUGAUGAGAUUGCAGGCGUGAUUGCGGGUUGGAUGGAGGAUUUGUAG